AUGUCGAACGUUGCUGCCGUCAAGAGGGCGCUGGAGAGCGUGAUCCUCAAUCCCAAAUAUGCAGACUACCUCGCCGUCGUGAAGGCCGCGCGCAAUGGCGCCGUCUACGGUGCCAAGGUGCGGUUUCCGCAUGCCAUGGUCAUGAUAUUCCUGUUUCGAUCCGGCACGGUGAGGGAGAAGAUCGGCUUGAUCUUGAGGGCGACGAAGACGCAUGCGCAGAACCUUGCCAAGUACGCGACGGUCUACAAGAUGACGAUGCUGGCGCUGAAGCAUAUGGGGAGCGAUCCGGGCAAAGAGGGGCCGUAUGACACAUUCUUCGCGGGCUUGCUUGGGGGGUACCUGGUCUUCGGGCGGAGGAGUAAGAGGGGACAUAUUAGUUCUGUUAGUAAACAGAUUGUGAUAUUUGUAUUCGCGAGAGUCUGCCUUUCGUUGGCACAACUCUCGAUACGGCCCUCUUUGGGCAUCAUCAAAUCCCCAGAACUCUCGAGACGAAUAGGACACGAUGCGUGGCCGGUCUUUGCGGCUAUGAGUUGGGGCAGUGUGAUGUGGCUGUUCAGGUGGUAUCCUGACACGGUGCAGAGUGGAUUGAGGAGUAGUAUGGAUUAUAUUUACGUGCAGAGCGAUCAUUGGGAUAGCUUGCGGAACUUUUUGAUUUACAAUAAGUAA